AUGGAUAAGCUUAAUAUUUUAGUAGAUAUUUCCCUUUAUGCUUCCGCUGGGCCCAUCCCUUUACAGCAUCCUAUUAUGUUCCGUACUGCUUAUAAAUACGAGUUCAAAGCGAAAGGGAUAAAGAAGAAAAAAGUCACAUUAGAGAUCUCAGUAGAAGGUGUUCGAGUCACAUUGAGGAAGAAGAAAAAGCCACGGGGGAAUAUAACUCAAGAUAAAGCGUACAAAAAGGGUUGGCAGGAAAAUCGCAUCCAUUGUCUACUGAGGUCGAAGGAAAUCUCGGGCAUAACUCAGACAGCUGUUGAAAGCUUUUCUUCGUCGCCAGGAGGAAAUCGCAUCUCAUUCGCUGUAAACAUCCGCGCUCUAGGGAACCUUAUUUCCUCCAUUUUUGCGGCUGUUCUUUCUUGUCUUGGCCCUAACCUCGGUUAUUUAAAGGUCGACGAAUUCAUGAAUGCCGAUGGAUCUUGA